AUGCGUUUCAACUCUCUAGCGCUCCUCCUUGCUGCUGGAACGGUGUCAAACGCACUACCAGCGCCACAGAAUGACCCCUCGCUACCUACUGAAGCCUCGAGUGAUCCUGCAGUCGCCAGCCAGCAAAUUGACCAGCUUGCUUCUUUCGCCGAAGAGCAGGUCAGGGCUGCGCUAGAAGGCAACAAUGCCAAACGGGGCACUUGCAAUGCCAACAACGUUGCCAUUCGCCGCGAAUGGAACGAUUUGUCCAAGCAGGAACGCAAGGCCUACACAGAUGCAGUCCUGUGUCUGCAAGCAAAGACUGGCAAGACGCCCGCCUCCUUUGCAGCAGGAGUCCGAUCCCGAUUCGAUGACUUUGUCGCAAACCACAUUGACCAGACUCUUUUCAUCCACUACACUGGUACCUUCCUCGCCUGGCACCGCUACUUCACCUGGCAAUACGAGCAAGCCCUCCGCAAUGAGUGCGGCUACAAGGGCUACCAACCCUACUGGAACUGGGCCCUGACCGCCCAGAGCGGCCUUGAAAAGUCCGCCAUGCUCGACGGCUCAGAGUAUUCCAUGUCCGGCAACGGCGAGGCCAUCCCCAACCAAGGCGAAGUCGUCAUCGCCGGCACUGGACCACCUGAAAUCCGUCUUCCCCCCGGUACAGGUGGUGGCUGCGUCAAGAGCGGACCCUUCAAGAACAUGAAGGUCAACCUCGGCCCCGCUAACCUCGACCUCACCAACGGCACCACAAUCUCCAACGGCGACGGCCGCUCCUACAACCCCCGCUGCCUCAAACGCGACCUAACCGACUACUGCAACAAAAAAUGGGCAAACGCAACCUCCAUCGCCAGCCUCAUCCUCAAAAACAACGACAUCUGGAACUUCCAAAUGACCAUGCAGGGCUGGCCCGGUACUCCCGACCUCGGUGUCCACGGCGGCGGCCACUACAGCAUGGGCGGCGACCCGGGCCGCGACUUCUUCGCCUCCCCCGGUGACCCCCUUUUCUACCUGCACCACGCGCAGAUUGACCGCGUGUGGUGGAUUUGGCAGCAGCUCGACCGCAAGACGCGCUUUGGUGCUACUGGUAUUUCCGGAACUGGUACGUUUAGGGAUUUUCCGCCUAGCGCGAAUACGACGCUUGAGACUGUGAUUGAUCUGGGGUAUGCGGCGAGUCCGCCGAGGAAGAUGCAGGAGUUGAUGAGUACGACCGAGGGGCCUAUGUGCUAUAUUUAUGCUUGA